AAGGGGAGUGGGCGGAGCUUGAGGCUAGAGCUGAAGUCGGCGUGCGGGUUGGUCAGUGUGUCACCAACAUGGGAGGGACGAGGAACAUGCGGGAGCUCUCCUUGUGUAUUGCCUUCCUGGCCUGCCUCGUCUCGGGAGGCGCGGCCCGGGGUUACUUCGGGGCCCGCAUUGGCCGCCUGGAGCCGCUGCACCACCAGGUCAAGGGUGACGUGUACGCCGUGGACUCGCGAACCAUCCACAUCAGAGACUUCUCCUACGACGGCCUGGCUCCCGAUGCCUUCUUCUACGCCGGCACCACCGCGAAGCCCAGCGACAACGGCAUCAUCAUCCCCGACGAGAAUGGCGGUGUGGAGCCGCUCGGAGCCUAUCGCAACAAGCACGUGACCCUGACGCUGCCGGAGGGGAAGACGCUGAAGGACAUCAAGUGGUUCUCCGUGUGGUGCCGCGCCUAUUCUGUUGACUUCGGCCACGUGAUGAUGAGCAACAGCCUUGAGUACCCACGCCCGCAGAAGAUUGAGGCGAUCCCGACCUUCCAGCACGGCGUGAGCUCCGACCGUGUGGUGGUUGUGGACGCCCAGACUUUCCUCAUCCCCAACUUACACUACGACGGACAGGCGCCGGACGCCUAUUUCUGGGUCGGCAAGGGAACGCAGCCAGGCAACCAGGGAACAGUGGUGCCAGAUGAGAACGGGUCGGAGGAGCCGCUCAAGAAGUACUCCGGCAAGACCAUCGUGAUCACCCUGCCUGGGGACCUCACCGUCUUCGACAUUGACUACCUGGGCUUGUGGUGCCGCGCCUUCUCCGCUAACUUCGGCCACAUCCGCAUGCCUCGCUCCCUCAACGUGCCGCCCUCCCUCAAGAUGCUCGGUGUGGCGCCCCAGACCAAGCUGAACUGCGAGGUGCUGUGGGACGACCUGGCUCUUGAGGUUCGCUGGGCCGUGGCGGGCGAGAGUAUUGUGAUGCAACUCGUCGGCAGAAUCACUGAUGGCCAGUACAUGUCCUUCGGUCUGUCCGGCAACCCGUCCAGGUCCGUGAUGGUGGGCGGCGACGUGGUGGUGGCGUGGCUGGACCAGGCGAGCGGCCGCGGCGAGGCUCAGGACUACAUUCUCGGGGCCAAGUCGCAGUGCCAGGGCGGCCGAGGCUCAUGCCCAGACUCGCAGGUCCAGGCCGGCCGCAACAACGUGAGACUCCUCAACGCUGCUCUCAUCAACGACUUCACGAUGCUCACCUUCCAACGCCCCCUUGCCGCUGGGGACCUCUCCGACUUGCCAAUCCACACCAACGGGUCCCAGGCGGUCAUCUGGGCGGUGGGUCCCGUUAACUCACAGGGCCACACCGCCUAUCACAACCUUCGGCUAAGAGGUGACAUGUCCAUCGACUUCGGAAGGACACCCGAGUGGAAUUGCCCAGUGCCCGAGGAGCAGCCGACAGGGGGACACAAGAGCGGCCCCAGCAAGCCCCCGCCAGCCCCGGAGACCCACAACGCCUGGUACAUCCCGCCCAUCCCUUGCAACGAGCCUGAGGACGGGGUGAUGUACGCACAGAUUGGACCUACUGGCGGGAACAGCGGUUACAACUCCAUCACAGGUCACGUUGGCUGGGGCAUCGCCUGGUACAUCAACGGCCUCCUCAUCCCCGAGAUCUACGUGGUGCGCGGCAAGACCUACACCUUCGUCGUGGAGGGCGGCAACAACCCUGACCGACCUGAGCGCGACCAUCCCUUCUACAUCACCGACGAUCCCGAGGGUGGUUACGGCUUCAAGACACCGGCCGAGCGAUCCCGCACCCGAGUGUUUGCCGGAGUGAGCCAGGACAGAGAAGGCAAACCCGUCCCCACUGGCAUGGGCCGCCUCUGUGAGUGGGUGGAAGACCCCAACCAGCCCGCCAACGCCUUCAACUCCUUCGGGGCGUACCAACGCACGCUGGAACUAAGCUGCCAGGAGGGACAGCCAGGCGUCAUCCAGUGGACCCCUGAUGCCUCCACCCCAGACACUGUGUACUACCAGUGCUACACUCAUCGCUACCUGGGCUGGAAGAUUCAUGUGCUGGACAGGUGUGAGUUGGACGAGCUGGCGGCCGCAGGUUCCAUCUCAGAGUCGGUGGUGGUGCCAGGCUCUGCUGCAUCAGGGCCAGCGGGGGACCUGCUGCCGGCCGCCUCUGCUCAGGUCUUCACCUCCGACGGCCGCCCCCUCCCCCCCGACACCAUCCCUGACCCCCCACAGCUGGCAGCCACACACCACCACACCUCCACCUCCAUCACCGGCCGCCCUCAGGUGGGGCCCUACCGCGGGGAGCGCCCCCCGCCAGUGCCGGCCAAGGUCCCCCACCUGGCACAGUUCUCCCAGCAGAGGCGCCCCACCAGCCGCCGCACCACCGUGCCGCUGCCACCCCUGCCCGGCACCACCUCCCAUCCCCUGCCCGGCCCCACCCCCCCACCCCACGGCCACUUCAGUUUUGCUGGCAGCGCCCCGAGGCUGGUGGUUGUGCCAGCCCCUAACACUGACCUGGAUGAUACCCACACUGAGGUCACACCUGCGUCCAGCCCCGCCCCUCCGCCAGGCGCCAGCAACACACACCUCACCAUCCUGAAGGACGUGUGGGCCAUCCUCACCCAGGACCACCCUAGGGAGGACGCCCACCCCACCCACACCCACCACACCCACCACACCAACCAGCACCUAGAUGGCAUCGAGAGGGAGCCGCGGCACAGUCAAGACGAGGGGGAGUGAGGCCCCCUCCCUGCACCUCCUCCACCCCCCACCCCCCUGCAGCCUGCCUGCCUCGGCCCCUGAUGGUGCUUGGUUACAACUAGUUGCCGUGACACAACAGUUGAUGACAAAGUGAACAUUUAUGUGUCUCCUACUUUGCCAGCAUUGCAUAACGCAUAGUGGCACUCACUCAUUGUGGCAUUCAAUAUGAAUUUAUCAUGAAGGAUAUUUUUAUAUACUUUUUAGCUGCCACAGGAGUAUAAUGUGGUGACAAUAGUGUUAGUGGCAGUUGAUGUAGCAACUGUAAUAGUGGUUUUCAUAUUGAAGACUUUUAGAAGCAUGACAACAGCCCUCAGUAAGCAUCUGUGUGCUUGAAAACCAUCACUUCCUGUACAUACAGUUGGUACACAGAGCACUUCCUCCUUGCCAAGCCCUGGAGCACCAGGCUGGUGACCAUGCAUGUAACGGUGGAAAAUACCCACCGCAGAUAGAUCACGCCACCUUUAUAGGAAUGUCAUCUGUCAGUGUUUAUCGUACGUUCGUUCUCGGUAUGUGUAACAAACACUUAGUCACCUCAGCGGUCACCUUGACGUACGUGACCAGUUGUAACUUCAUUAUUUUCCAUGUCUCUAAUCUUCACUCCUUCCUGAGAGCCCGUCACAUACAGACCUACUGUCUGGGCUCUCUCCAACGCCCCUGUACUUAGGUCAUAAGAAUAUAUUCACCUAAACCAGCUGCGGGUUUUUCCCUUCACGCCUUGUUCGUCCACCAAGACCCUGUCUGAGCUACACACAACCAAGGCCGCCCACCGUUACAUGCUUACUGAGAUCUGUCUAGAAUGACAGAUGAAAUUAUCUUGAUUGAAUAGACACUGAACUUCAUGCCUGUACUGUAUACAUACUUCCAAGUUUGUUUUUUCAAGCUACAGUUAUUAAAAGAAUAUGAAAU